AUGAAGUUCUCUAACUGUCCGAGAAUUUCCAAACCCUCGGCAGUCCAUCUUACGCUUGUGAACAUAAUCAAGCAUGCUCACUAUAAUGAUCUCUAUACGAUUGAUGUGCACAAGCUCUUCAAACCCUCACCCAAUCCUCCUCAUAAACUCCUUACUUCUUCUUCUCUAUUUCCCUCUCCUUCUGGAAAUUUGAAUUCCUCCCCAUCUUUUCCUACACCUGCUCCUACUUCAUCUACUCCUUAUCUCACGCCUUCAUCCUCAUAUCCUCCACCCCACUUACUUGACCAUUUCCAGCACCAGCAUCAGAACCAGCAGCAGCACCAGCUUCUUCCCCAUAGUGCCCGUUUGAUGGCUCUCUUGACAACCCAAAAUCCUCCUUCCUCCCCCUCAAACUCUAAUAAUAAUCUUGAUUUCCCUCAGCUUUCUAUGCCCUUCCCUUCGCCGUCUUCGUCUUCACCUUUGCCUUCGAACAGUAUCCCUUCCGUACCACCUCCCACUCGGUUACUCAGCACCAAACUCCCCAAGGGACGCCAUUUGAUCGGUGACCGUGUUGUUUACGACAUCGAUGCCCGCCCGCAAGGCGAAGUGCAGCCCCAGCUUGAAGUCACUCCCAUCACCAAGUACGGCUCCGAUCCCGGCCUAGUUCUUGGCCGUCGGAUUGCUGUUAAUAGAUCUUACAUAUGUUAUGGUCUCAAGCUGGGUAAUAUACGCGUCCUUAACAUAAAUAUUGCGUUAAGAGCUUUGCUUCGUGGCCACACACAGAGAGUAACUGAUAUGGCUUUCUUCGCCGAUGAUGUUCACCUUUUGGCCAGUGCUGGUGUAGAUGGACGAGUUUUCAUAUGGAAGAUCAAUGAGGGCUCAGAUGAGGAAGACAAACCUCAAAUUACAGGCAAAAUUGUCAUUGCUAUCCAUAUAGAAGUAGGAGGGGAAUCGGUCCACCCACGAGUGUGUUGGCAUCCUCACAAACAAGAAAUUUUGAUGGUUGCUAUUGGAAGUUAUAUCCUUAAAAUUGACAACACAAAAGUUGGAAAUGGGGAAGUAUUUUCGGCAGAGGAACCUCUUAAAUGCUCCAUUGAUGAACUGAUUGAUGGGAUCCAAUUGGUUGGUAAACAUGAUCAUGAAAUUACAGAGUUGUCAAUGUGCCAAUGGAUGACCAGCCGCUUAGCUUCAGCAUCGAUUGAUGGCUCGGUGAAGAUUUGGGCAGACCUCAAGGCACUACCACUUGCAGUAUUCAGGCCCCAUGAUAGCAAUCUUGUGCAUUCUGUGACUUUCUUGACUGCCCCGCACCGUCCUGAUCACAUUGUUCUUAUUACAGCGGGGCCACUGAAUCGGGAAGUGAAAAUAUGGACCUCUGCGGAUGAGGAGGGCUGGUUGCUGCCUAGUGAUACUGAAUCAUGGAAGUGUACUCAAACUUUGGAUAUAAAGAGUUCUUCUGAACCCAAGAUUGAGGAUGCAUUCUUUAAUCAAGUCAUAUUGUUGCCCCGUGCAGGCCUUUUAUUACUUGCAAAUGCCAAGAAGAAUGUUAUAUAUGCUGUACACAUAGAAUAUGGACCUAAUCCAGCUGCAACCCGCAUGGAUUAUAUUUCCGAGUUUACGGUCACGAUGCCUAUCUUGAGUCUUACUGGAACUAGUGACAGUUUACCAGAUGGAGAACAUAUUGUCGAAGUCUACUGCGUCCAAACACAAGCCAUUCAGCAAUAUGCACUUCCCCUAUCUCAGUGCCUGCCACCACCCCUAGACAAUGUGUUGUUGGAGAAAUCUGACUCCACUGUUUCUCGUGUAUUUGAUGCUUCUGAUGGUUCUGCUUCUUUCGAACCACCUCACGGAUGUAAACCGACUGAGAUGUCUGUUGUUAAUGCAACUCCUAUGCCACAUAUUUUUUCGAGCAGUGCUGAAAUUGGCCCAGUAGUGAGCCUUCCUGCAAACUUGGCUUCUUCUAAGGUUUCUAGCUUGGUGGAAGUUGCUCUUUCUGGUGUGGAAACGAUGCCAAGUGAUUUUCCUUCUCAUGUUACAGCAGAAAAUAUCCACACUAUAUCACCCCCCCUUCCUUUGAGUCCAAGAUUAAGUCGCAAAUUAUCUGGUUUUAGAAGCCCAUUAAAUUGCAAUGAGACUAAUCCGCCUCACUAUGAGUUUGACUAUCAGAGAGAUUCGCACAUUAUGGUUGCAGAGAAAAAGGAGAAAUCCUUUAAUUCCCAGGCCUCAGAUCUUGGCAUUCAGAUGGCUAGAGAUUUUUUUGUGGGAACUUACAAUGUGGAGAGAUCACGGCAAGCUAAUGAUGUCAGUAUUUCUAAGGCACCAAACCAAACUCCUAACACUUCUGUGGAAGAAGUUCAAGACACGAUGAAAGAUGUACCCACAAAGGUUGGUGAAUCAGAAACUCCUGUUGAAGUUUUGCCAUCUCCUGCACCGGCUCCGAAAGGAAAGAGACAAAAGGGUAAAAAUGCUAGAGUGUCUGGUUCAUCUUCCCCUUCUCCUAGUCCUUUUAACCCCACAGAUUCAUCAAAUAAACCGGGUGGCAGUUCAGGUGCCCCAACUAUAGAAGCUGCUUUGCCUCAAUUAUUGGCUAUGCAGGCUGUGCUUGAUCAGUUAAUGAGCACACAAAAGGAAAUGCAAAAGCAGAUGAAUGUGAUUGUUUCUAGCUCAUUUUCGAAAGAAGGUAAAAGAUUAGAGGGAUCCUGGGGCCGGAGCAUGGAUAAAAAAGUUAUCAGGGAUAACACUAAUGCUUUGGGUGCUCAUUUCCAAGAGGAAAACACAAAGCAGGAGAAGUUAGAACACAAUCGUAUACAGCAAAUAACAAACCUGAUCACAAAUUUUUCAGUCUGCAAAAUUGGCAAAUCCAACAUGCCUGUAAGGCAGGUGAAAGAGAGCAUAGAGCAACACCUCUUGAUCAAAACCCACUUGCAGAACUCCAUGAACCAAAUGCAGAAGGCAUCCACCAACAAAACUACCCAAAAUGAGGAAAUUGAUCAGCAUCUUGAGUGCAGAUGGGGGAGGGAGAGGGAGAGGGAGAGAAAGAAUGAGAGGCAGAGGUUUCAGGUCUUGAGUGCAGAUGGGAAGGGAAAGGGAGAGAAAGAAGGAGAAUGA